AUGGAGCUGGGGGCGAAGGGAAAGGUCUGGGGGGACCCCCCAGCAGGGACCUAUGUCAUCCCGCACGGGCCUUUCCCAGAUUUAAUGGAGUUGAUGAUGAUUCAAAACUCCCAAAUGCACCAGGUGGUUAUGAACAGUUUGGCUGUAGCAGCACUGACAGCCUUUGGCUUUGGGCCAUCCCCAGCCCAGGCGCUGGUGGUGCCUCUGCAGGCUGAAGAGGAAGAGAAGGCUGUGGUGUUCCAUCACCACUACAUCCCCUACCCUGGCCCUGCUCCCAUCCCAGCGUGGCUCAUCCCAUCCAUCCCCCCAGCCCCUGGCCCAGUGGCUGUGAGGUACCUGGGCACAGGCUCGUUAGCUGAGGAUGAGGUCAGUGCAGUGCCUCCUCCUCCACCCCCCAGUGCCACUGGGACGGUGGGACCCAAUGUCCCACCAGCAUCAGAGUACUACGACGUGGUGGAGAGGAGGCUGUGA